CUAGCCGGUACAAACCCUGGAGCGUUCUUUCGUUAUCGUCUUCCCCAAUUCCAAAUCCCCUUUUCAACUCCAUCGUUUCUUCGCCAUUAGAGAACCACUCCGAUCACUCUCUCUCUAUAUAUAUAUCUAUCUAUAUAUAUAUCAACUAUAGGUUUCGUUAUUGUUUGGUUCGUCCAUGGAGUCGAAAGGCAUUCGGACAAGAGUGUUGACACCAUCAAAGAAUCCUCAAGCCACCAAUCUCAAGGAUUGUGAGAAUGUUGAUCCAAACACAAGAAGUCCUUUGUUGAAGCAAUCCAAGUCACCAGUAACCAAAUCUGCUACGAAAUUUAACAGAUCCGCAUCCAAAAACCCUAAACCCGUCAUUUUGCCUUCUCCAAGGAACAAGCUUCGGGAGAGAAGAUUCGUGGUAGUUAAGAGGAAUUCGAAGAAGGAGAACGUAAAACCUAACAUCACAUGUAAAUGCGAGGAUACAUUGGGUGGAAAUUCGAAGAGAUGCCUCUGUGCUGCUUACGAGAGUCUGAGAGUUUCUCAAGAGGAGUUUUUCAAGCAGGGAAACAUCAAUGAUAAUCAACUUGAUUCGGAAGUGUUGAACGUUGAUAGAGAAGACAGAGAGCUUGACAAAGUUGAAUCUUCCAAUGAAGAUUUAAUCCAAGAUACAACCGAGCUGGUACCUGAGGAAAUGGGGCUUAAGAGGAGGAGAGAAAAAGUACUGGAAGAAGCUAGGACAAGUGUGCCUGAGACUGGAUCAGGCAGUGUGAGACAUCUGGUUAAGGCUUUUGAGAGACUUCUCACCAUACCCAAAUCCGAGAAUUCUGAUCAGAAGAAAGAUGAAAAUGAGCAAGAUGAAAAGAAGAAAGCUAUCAGAUGGGCAUUGCCAGGCAUGCAGCAGCCCGAUGUGCCUCUACAAUUAUCAUCCUCUUCAUUCUGUCCAUCAGAUUUUAUGGUGACUUCUGAGAGCUUGGGUCUAGAUUCUCGGGUUUCUUCUUCCCUUAACAGCAUUCAAGGAAGCUUCAUGUCAAACAGAUUUUCUGGUGGGAGUAGAAGGAGCCGAAGAAAUAGCUCUGGAUCACAUGGAGCACUUGGUGGAAGUAAGUGGAAGAAGAAGAGGCAGCUCAAACUGACAAGGCAGCAGCCUUUCAACCUUCGGACUGAACAAAGGGGAAGAUGUAAGGAAGAAGCGUUGACAAAGAAAUUGCAAGAGAUGAAGAUCGAGGAAGAGAAACUUCGGAUACCUGUUGCACAAGGUCUUCCCUGGACAACAGACGAGCCACAGUGCCUUGUGAAACCACCUGUCAAAGAAAGCACAAUCCCGGUUGAUCUGAAAUUGCAUAGUGACAUUAGGGCUGUUGAACGAGCAGAGUUUGAUAAUCAGGUAACAGAGAAAACGAACUUGAUUGAACAGUACAAAAUGGAGAAGCAAAAGCAGCAGAAGUUAGAGGAAGAAGAAGAAAUUAAAAGAAUUAGGAAGGAGCUUGUUCCUAGAGCUCAACCUCUUCCAUAUUUCGACAGGCCUUUCGUUCCUAGAAGGUCUACAAGACAACCAACCAUACCGAAAGAGCCAAAGUUCCAUCUAGCAUCCCCGAAACAUAACCAUCAUCAUAAGAGAAUCAAAUCUUGUUCAUCGUGCAAUAAUAUCAAUGCCGUGUAAUAACACAGACACGUCUACUUCUCUUUUGCUCUAUCGGACAACUCCUUAAAAUGAGACAGAAGAAGUAUAUAGGUUUUUGACGGACAGAAGAAUCUCAAGAUUCAAGAAGAAGACAAUGGCAAAAUGCUUGACCAGAAAACAAACCUUCCCCUGUUUUUGUUUGUACGUUUUUACUACUACUGUAUUUCUUUGUCGGUUGGGUGAACUAGAUGAAGAAUUUCUUUGUCACGACAAUGCAUGUACUUUAAACGAAUUUUUUAUGUCUUCUGUAUUAACCUCAUUCUUUGGUGAUAUUUGUUCAAACUUGCAUA